AUGGCUGAGCCCGGAGCAUGGGGUGCAUGGCAGGUCCAGCCCUCUAAAUUUACCCAGUUGGUUGUUGAUGCCAUGAAGACGUUGUACCCCGAAGAGCUGGCGGAUAGAUCAUGGGACAACGUAGGUCUCCUUGUUGGCAACUCAGAGAGCGAGGGUAGGAAACCCAAGGUCCUGGUUACAAAUGAUCUCACAUGGCAGGUCGCCAUGGAUGCGAUCAAACAAGAAGCCAGCGUCAUUGUCAGCUAUCACCCUUUCAUCUUCUCUGGACUCAAGUCCAUCACCAACAAUGAUCCCCAACAAGCCACAUUACUGCGCCUAGCCCAGGCCGGCAUUGCCGUCUACUGUCCUCACACAGCAGUUGAUGCCGCCCCCUCAGGAUUAAACACCUGGCUCGCAGAUAUUGUAUCUGGCCCUCACCCAAGCAAGCGCUCUGUGGCCGUGCCCUGCGCAACGGCCCCUGAAUCUCAUGCACCCGCAGGUUACGGCGCUCUCGGCCAUUUUGACGCACCGGUUUCCGUCCCCGAGAUUCUCAAACGCUUGGCCUCCGAGCUGGGUGGCCUCAAGCACCUCAUGGUUGCUUGCCCCGUGGGUGCAGACGUCCAGGUCACCACCGUUCGAAGCUUCGGAGUCUGUGCUGGUAGCGGAUACGAUGUUCUCAAGAAGGCGGACGUGGAGUUGUUGGUCACGGGCGAAACAAGUCACCACUCGGCUUUGAGGGCCAUACAACAAGGAAGAAUACUGGUGCAAGUGUUUCACAGCAACUCGGAGAGAGGCUACUUGCAAAAGGUUCUUCUCCCAUUGCUGCAAGGGCAGCUGAGGUCGGUUGUGCCCGAGGCUGAAGUCGUGUUGAGCGAGUUUGACAAGGACCCGUUUACUAUCAUGAGUGUUGAUGAGCUGGAAUAG